CUCACGGCCGCCGCGCAGGCGCCCUAGCUCUCCGGCGCAGGCGCAGGCGCAGUGUCGCGGGCUGUCUCCUUCACGUUGUCCUCUCGGAGAGGCCGCGUCGAUCAGCGCCGAGCGAAGGGAGGCAUCGAGGCGGCGGGCAAGAUGUCUGUGCCACCUUCAUACGCAGACCUUGGGAAAUCCAGCAGGGACCUCUUCAGCAAAGGAUAUGGGUUCGGUUUGGUGAAGCUGGAUCUCAAGACCAAAUCAUCAACUGGAGUGGAAUUUAAUAUCUCUGGAACUUCAAACACCGACACAGGUAAAGCUGCUGGCAGCCUGGAAAGCAAGUAUAAAAUGAAGGACUAUGGCAUCACCUUCACCAAGAAAUGGACUACAGAAAACACUGUGGCUUCCGAGGUCACCAUCGAAGAUCAGCUUGCAAAAGGACUGAAGUUGACCUUUGAUACAACAUUCGUACCAAACACAGGAAAGAAGAGUGGAAAGCUGAAGACUGCCUAUAAGCGAGACUACAUUAACUUGGGCUGCGAUAUCGAUUUUGACUUUGCUGGCCCCACCAUCCACAGUGCAGCAGUCUUUGGGUACGAAGGCUGGCUUAUCGGCCACCAAAUGGCCUUCGACACAGCCAAGUCCAAGCUGGCGCAGAACAACUUCUCUUUGGGUUAUCGGGCUGGGGAUUUCCAGUUGCAUACCCAUGUAAACGAUGGUGCAGAGUUUGGAGGGUCCAUUUACCAGAAGGUGAACGACAAGGUGGAGACUGCAGUCAACCUUGCCUGGACUGCUGGUAGCAACAACACUCGCUUUGGAAUUGCCACCAAGUACCAGCUAGACAAAGACACCUAUAUAUCGGCCAAAGUGAACAAUUCUACCCUGAUUGGACUUGGAUAUACCCACACUCUUAGACCAGGUGUGAAGUUGACACUAUCAGGACUGAUAGAUGCCAAGAAUAUCCAUGCUGGCGGUCACAAGGUCGGUAUGGGCUUUGAGCUUGAAGCAUAAUUCUGCGGAGAGAAAUGGAGCAACUUCUGGUUAGCUGCUGUCCAAAAAUCUCCAAGUUAAAAAGACUCCUCCAUGGACAAGGCGCAGAAGAAUCAUGAUAAUAUUUGGCCUUAAUUGUCUGAUGUUUGUUCCUGCCUCUUCCACUGGGAGAUAGGAAGCUUGGGUGUCAGUCCUCGGUACUGGAUUGAUCUCCCAGCUAACAGCACGUGGAGGUUGCGUCAUGCCGAAUACGAGCAUUCUAAAUUAUUUCCCAAAUAAUUCAGCUUCAAAUCAUACGCAAAUCCACAACCAAUAAUUUAUCUUCUUUUUGUGUAUGUGUAAAGAGUCUCAUGGCCAACUUUGAAUCACUGUGUAUUGCACAUUUAAAGCAAAAUAAAAGGAAUUAAUUGCGUUUCUCA